AUGAGCAGUCUCUUUGGUUUGGGCAGAAAUCAAAGGACAUUUCGCCCAAAGAAGAGUGCACCAUCAGGGAGUAAGGGUGCGCAACUUAGAAAGCACAUUGAUGCUACCUUGGGCAGUGGAAAUUUGAGGGAAGCAGUGAGACUUCCUCCUGGAGAGGAUUUGAAUGAGUGGCUUGCUGUCAACACUGUGGAUUUCUUCAACCAAGUGAAUCUUCUCUAUGGUACCCUCACAGAGUUCUGUACUCCUGAGAACUGUUCUACUAUGACUGCUGGCCCCAAGUAUGAGUAUAGAUGGGCUGAUGGGGUACAGAUCAAGAAACCUAUUGAGGUUUCUGCUCCAAAAUAUGUUGAAUAUUUAAUGGACUGGAUUGAAGCUCAGCUUGAUGAUGAAUCCAUAUUUCCUCAAAGGCUUGGUGCACCAUUUCCUCCCAACUUCAAGGACGUUGUUAAGACAAUUUUCAAACGACUAUUCCGCGUAUAUGCGCAUAUUUAUCACUCCCAUUUUCAGAAAAUUGUGAGCCUCAAAGAGGAAGCCCAUCUGAACACAUGCUUCAAGCAUUUCAUACUAUUUACCCAUGAAUUUGGGCUAAUAGACAAGAAGGAGCUUGCUCCCCUUCAAGAGCUUAUAGAAUCCAUUAUUGUACCUUACUAA